GUCCAUGUUCACCACGUAAACGUGUAAUGGCUGGAUUGACUUGCCACUGAAGCGGAAUUUCGUCCAUGUACUUGUUGCAGAAACACACGACUGAUUGUGGAGUUUACACACCUUCCCCCCUAGAACCACUGGGACAGCAUGGCCACCCCUGACCAAGCCCCGCCCACUGGGGAGGGAGGGGAGAGCAAGUCUACCCCUGGUAAACCCGGAAAGUUGGACACCUUGGCAAGGGAAGAUUUGAUCAAGUUCGUGAAAAAGCAAGCCAUGCAGGUGCAGAAAUUAAAGGCACAGUGUGACAAGCUUACUAAGGAGAAGGCAGGCUCCACCCCGCCCGGCGACCAACCUGGCGUUGCCAAGGCAACAGAAGAGCUGGAGGCAAGACUCAAGACGUCCGAGGAGGAGCUGGCAGAGUUGAGAGAUGAACGGGAAGGGAUGCUGACAGCUUACAACGCUGUCCAGCAGCAGCAGGAACAAGCCGUAGAGACACACAAGAAUCUUGAGGAUGCCUUGAAUAAGGUCUCAGCAGAGAAGGAGGACUUGGGCAAAGAAGUUUCCCAUCUUAAAGACGAUUUGAGUAAGGCCACCUCAGAAAACAAGGAGCUGUUGGAGCAGCUAGAAUGCAUGCAGAUGAAGCAAGAAACAAUGACGUCCACGUUUCAGUGUCUACAGGAAGAACAAAGCACUCUGGGGAAAGAAAAUGAGGCCUUGCAAGAACAGAUCAAAGUGCUAACGGCUGCAAGGGAUCAGGUCAUGGACUCGCUGCAAGCCUUCAAACAGCAACAGCGGGAGAAGUCAAGUGACGCCACUCAACUGCAGAACACCCUUGCUGAGGCGACAACUCAGAGAGACAAGCUGGCUGAGCAGCUCCAAGAGCUGCAGAAGUCCCAGGAAGCCUCUGCCACUGAGAUUCAGGAGCUUAGGUCCAAGCUAGAAGCUGCUAACGAAGAGAGCAGCAUUUCUCAAAAGCAGGCGGUGGACAGGACAGCUGAGGAAGCUCAGGCCAGGAAAGAUCUCGAGGAGGAGAUCCAAAGGCUGCGUCGCCUUCAGGAGGAGAUUGUUAAGUCAAAAGACAAACUUAUCACCACCAAUGAAGAAGCUAUGAGAGUUCUUAGAGAGGAGCGUGAGAUGGCGAAAACAGAAAAUCUCGAGACUCAGAAAGACCGAGACAAUCUGGCAAAUGAGGUGACAAAGCUCAAAGAAGAACUUGAAGCUAGAGAAAGAGACUCUGGAGAUGCAGCACAAAGACAGAGUGAAUUAGACAACCAGUUGCAGCAGAUGGAGGAGAGUUUGAAGGCAAUUGCUGCUGCGAAAGAGCAAUCUAUUAACGAAACUGAAGAGCUAAACUCUCAAGUUAUGAAGCUGUCAUCCGAGUUGAAAUCGGCAAAUGAGGUUCUACGCUCAUCUGAGCAGGAUAAGGACAGCAGCCAGGCCAUGUUGAAGGAACUAAAAGAGAAACUUGAGGAUCUGAGAAGUGAAUUGCAGAGGUCUGAAAAUUCUAACAGUGAGCUAAAAAUCCAGAUUGACCAGUUGACAAAGGAGAAGGACGAAGCAACUGAAGAGACUCAAACUCUCAAAGAACAGGCUGAAGAUAAUGAAACACAGCUUUUAGAUCUUAGAUCGGAACUGGAGAGCUUGAGACAAGAGAAGGACCAAGCCAUCAACGAUUUGGAAGAGAAGGCAAGGAAAGAUGAGACCGCAGCGGAAAAUCAUAAGAAGCUACAGGAUCAACUUGAUGCAGUCCUAGCUGAGAAGGAGCAACUUGCCGGAGAGAUAUCCACCCUGAGGCAACUUCAAGACGGCAGUCAAGAGCUGGACAAAAUCGUAGAAGGCUUACAAGAAGAGAAAAACAAAUUGGCCACCAAAGUAACUGACAUGGAAUCAGUGAAUUCCUCACUUCUUAAUGGCGUGGACUGCUUGAAGAAAGAGAGGGAUCAGCUUGUUGCAAGGGUAGAAGAAGCCGAGAAAGAAGUAAGCCAGCAGUUGCAGAGCAACAUCAAUUUAGAGCAACAGGUGCAAGAAAAGCUCAAUGAAGCCAAAGAAGAAGCACAGAAAUUGUCUGAGAACCACAAGAAGGCCUUGGAGAUAGCAGAGAGAGAAAGGGACAGGGCCAGAGAAGAUCUUGAAGCUGUCAGAAAUGACCAAUCAAGCUCCAAUGAUGAACUUCACGAACAGCUACAAAGGAUCCGGUCUGAACGGGAUAGCUUAGCAGAUGCCAAACUCUCCCUGGAUUCAGAGGUGAAAAGGUUAUCAGAGGACUUGGCCACAGCUCAGGACAGCUUUAAUGUAUCUCUGAAAGAACAAGAGUUGAAACUGGAAGUUGGGAAAGAAGAAGCGACCCGUCUAGAAGGAGAGUUGAAAUCAAUAGAACAGACCAACGAGGAGCUUCACACUGAGUUGAUGGCCAUUAGGGAGGCGCAUCUGGAAGCUUUGAAUCAGUGCACAAAUGCUGAAUCACAGCUGAAAACCUUGAAGGCUGGACAAGACGAGAGUCUGUCGAGAGAAAAGGAGGAACUCCAAGAGAAGUUACAAAAUCUGAGUACUGAAAAAGACGGGUUGACCAUGCAGCUUCAGGAACAAGAGGUAAACUUCAAACAUCAGUUGGAAGAGGUGUCAGUUACCAUUCAAACUUUGGAGAGGGAGAAACAACAAGCUUGUGAUGAUCUGGUUAGCUUGCGGAAGAUGGAAGCAUCAGAACGCGGUCUAAAGGAAAGUCUAGAGACAGUUAAACAUGAGAAUGAAAAACUGCAGGGAGAGUUUCAGGCCAAGGAAACUGAUUACAAGAAUGUAAUUGGAGAACUGAGGGGGCAGUUGGAGACAUUAGAAACCAACCAAAGCAAAGUCAGGGAAGAUCUAGAAAGGAUGGCUUCAGAGCUUCUUGAUAAGGAUUCAGUUAUUCAACAAACUACAGAACAGAACAAGGUUGAACUGGAAGCCAAGCAAACAGAAUUAGACAGUGUUAAAGCAGAACUGGAAGCUACUCAACAAGUCAAAGAAGACUUUAUUGCAAAGACCGAGCCCAAGGUUCAAGAUAGUUCACCAGAACGAGCAUCUGCGUCCGACUACCAACAGACCCCAGAAUCUAAAAUUCAAGACCUGGAAUCAAAGAUCAAAUCUCUAGAGGCAGACAAGGUGGCUUUCAAAGCCAACUUUGAGAAACUCAAGAAGGCCAGCCAGAACAAAGUCCAGCGUCUCAAGGAUCAGAUGGAAGCCAUCCAAGAAGAGAAGAAGACUCUCUCCGAAAAACUUGAUGCCUUGGCAUCCUGUGACAGAAGCAGAACCAGCCAGAUUGAAGAGCUAACUGCCCAGACCGAGUCCCUAAGAGUAGAGAAAGCUGACUUGUUGCAAGAAGCGAAAUCCGCAAGAGAGGAUUGUGAAAUGCUAGAGAAAGCAAAAUUGAAGCUGGAGUCAAACUUGAAGGAUGUGGAAACAGAGAGGACAUCCCUCUUUGCCGACUUGCAAGCAGCACUGGCUGAGCAGAGCUCCCAGGAGGAGGGGCAGCAGGACUUGGCCAAGAGGCUCCAAGAUAUGGAGGCGUCCAAGCAGAAGCUGGUCAACGAGCUGCAGGAAGUCCAGGCAGAGGUUGACCAGAAGGGAGAGGAGGUCAGGCGCUUGAGGGUGGACUUGGAAGACGCUCUUGCAGAGAAAGAGAAGCUGAAAGAGAAGGGAAUCACAGGAGCCAUCUCUGAGAGUUCACCUGAAAUGACUGAGGAAAAGCCGAAAGAAAAAGAGUCCCUUCAAGCUUCCGCCCCUGCAGGCGACUCUCUGCAACAAGAAUUAGACGCCAAGGUGAAACAGUUGAAAGACACCGAAGAGAAAGCUCAGAAAUUGAGAUCCCUGGCGAUGAAAGUGAAGAAGGAACUCGAACAGGCCAAGAAACAGAUAACUUCUCAGGUGGAGGAACUGAGCCGCGUGACAUCAGAAAAAGAGCAGUUGUCGAAGAAGUUGGACUCUCAGACUCAACAGCUAAGUGGAAGCAGGCAGCACAUCGAGAACUACCAGAGCCUUCAUGUUGAGUAUGAGAAGUUGCAAGAUUCGCUGGAUGCUGAAAAAGAUCUGUCCCGAGAGCUGCAGAAGAAACUAAAUGAGACGUCUGAAGAUCUGAAGAAUCUUUCCUCGGAGUGUGCCCAGACCAAAGUGGCUAAGGAGGAGCUAGCCAGGUCAUGUGACCACGCCGUCAAGGAGAUCCACACCUUAGAACGGAGCGCAGCGGAACUCAGGAGCCGACUUCUUGCCGUAGAGGAUGAACGCGACAAGGAGAAAGAGGAGAAAGAACGAAAGAUACAGGAGCUGGAGGAGGCAAUCGAGAAGAUCAAAGCAUUUGAACACGACGCUGGGAAACAAAAGGAGAACUUUGACACCACGACAAGGCAACUGCAAGCUGCUCUCAAGGAGGCCAGCCAAAGCAACCUGAUGGACCUGGAGAUUGCCGACUACGAGAAGACUGUCUCCAACCUCAACCAUACCAUCCAGGAGAAGGACAACCGCAUCGUUGAGAGCAACACGGAGAUAGAACGUCUCCAGAAACGCAUCGAGGCUAUGCAGAAAGAGACGGAUGCAUCUGAUUAUCAGCGAGCGCAAGCUGAUGAAAGAGGCAACAAGCUGAAGGCCAUGCUCAUGAAAACCAAGAAAGAUCUAGCGGACGCCAAGAAAGCUGAAUCUGACCAGCGGACCAAUGAGGCGGCUCUCCACGGCCAAUUGGAGCGACUGACCCAGCAGUCGGAGGCCCUCAAGGUGGACCUCUCCGUCUUAGCGGCUGAGAAACAGAAGCUCCAUGACCAGCUACGCGCAGCCAGCGACGUCAACCUACGCACCGUCCGCGGCUUGGAACAGAAGAACCGAACCUUGCGGGAGGAUCUGGAAUUAGUGAGGAACGAACUGGCGGGCACACAGGAGGAAUUCGAAAGCUACAAGGUCAGAGUUCACAGUGUUCUGAAGCAGCAGAAGACCCGGGACAGUUCGCACGUGGACGUGGAAGCGGAGCUGCAAGAGAAAGAUCACCUGGAGAAGAUGAACAAGCAGCUCAAGGCCAAGAUCCAAGAGACAAGGGAUGAGCUGAGGGCAGUGACAACAGAGUUGGAACUCCUCCAAGACGAGCACGACCGACUGCUGCAGCGACACAGCGACAUGGUGCUGGACAGCCAGAACAAAGAGGCAGCAUGGAGGGAAAAGAUGGAGAAACUACGCAUAGAGAGCCAGUCAAGUAACAUUGAGCACCGCGAGACGAUCAGGGAACUCACUGCCCAGAACGACUCACUCACCAACACGUUCAAGGCACAGAUGCGACAGCUACAAGACGACCACCACCGCAGCUUGGACUCGCUGCAGCACCAACUUGAGAUGACCGAGAACCAGAUGUACCGGCUGCAGAAAGAGCAGCAGCAUGCAUACCAGCAGCAACAGCCGCAGCAGCAGCAGCAGCUGCAGCCAGGGCGCCAAGCACCUGCAGCAAGGAACGGCGGAGAGACCAAGGAGAACCUGCAGGACGCGUCGGCGGCAAGGCCCACACUGGAGGAGAGGGAACAGGGAGAGGGCAUGGAGUACACGGACGCGGAACCCAGCACCGCCAGCAAGCAGCGUCUCUCCUCCACGGCCAGUAAUGCCCCCAUGGUACCCCUGGCUCAACUCCUGAGCGAGUCCUCCAUGGUGGAGUCUGCUCCCAGCAUGGUCAGCCUGGUGGGGUCCACCGCGGAGGAAGAACAACUCAGGACGGAGCUGACCGCCACGAGAAAGAAACUUGAUCACUUCAGCGAGAUCAUGAGUGACAACGAAGCGACCAUCAUGCGAUUGACGGAGCAGGCCAAGGUGCUCAAGGAGGAGAUCCGACGUCUGGAGCGAAACCAGGAGAGGGAGGAUGCGAUCGCCAACAUGGAAUACCUCAAGAACGUCGUCAUGAAAUUUCUGGUGCCAGCUCAGUCAGGCGAGAGGCAGCAUUUGAUCCCCGUGCUGACCACGAUGUUGAAGCUCAGCGACAAGGAACGACAAGAAAUCUUAGAUGCCAUGGAAGGGGAAGAAAUAGCAGCUGGAAAUGAGACUAAGAAGUGGGGUUCCUACUUGCACCGCUGGUCUGGGGGCAUUGUGUGAAUGCUGGCACACCACAAUCACGGCUGAAGAAGAGGCCACAGAUAAUUUGGCAUGGGCUAUUUACGGUGACCCGGCCCCUAGCCCGUUUUAAAUGCACUUUAAUACCGAGGAAAAAAGGAGUGCCACAUUGUUCGGGGAUAUUUGUAAAUUUCUGGCAAAAAGGAAGAUUUAGAGGACAUGUUUUGUAGGUUUCUUUUUACAGGACACUAAACACCUGCUUUCUCUCUGAGAAGUGUUUAUCAGAAUUUGGAAAUAUUUCUUCCGCUUCAGGGACUGUUUUUGGUUGAUCACAAUUCAGGCAUUUGAUUUCAUCCAUAACAAAAAUCAAGACAUCUAGA